GUGAUGUAGUGGUGUCAAUAUUUGACCAAAGGCUUCUGUUUCUUUUUAUGCUUGAUCACUGUAUAUAAGUAGCAGAAUACUUUCAGGAUUUAGAUCACCAUUACCAUAUCAUACAAGAAACUGUGCUUCUUGAUCAAGAUUCAAUAUUGCACAAAAAGAAAAGAAGAGUAUAUAUAGGAACUGUAUUUUUCUUUUUUUCUUGAUGAAGCUUUUUCGUUUACAAGAGUAAACAAGAAACUGUGUUUCUUGAUCAAGAUUCAAUAUUGCACACAAAAGAGUGUAUUAGAAACUAUACUUUCUUGAUCAAGCAUUUCUCACAAUCCUUGAAAGGGGAAGAUUGUUUAGGAAUCUUGACAUAUUAGUGGGAAUCAAGGUCUUACAGGGAUAAUCAUGGCGGCUGUAUUGGCUGCAGAUGAUUUGGCAAGGGUGAGUAGUAGGCAAAUGGGGAGCGUUAGUAAGAGAAGUUGGGGAUCAACAAGUGUAAGAGAAUUGUGGAAUGCACCAGAUGUGUUUCAAAGGAGUUCAAGGCAUCAUACUGUGGAAGAUGAUGAAGAGGAGUUAAGGUGGGCAGCUAUAGAGAGAUUGCCAACUUAUGAUAGAGUGAGAAAAGGGAUAUUAAAGCAGGUGUUGAGUAAUGGCAAGGUUGUGCAAAAUGAAGUUGAUGUUACACAGCUUGGAAUUCAAGAAAAGCAGCAGCUGAUGGAGAGUAUACUUAAGGUUGUUGAGCAAGAUAACGAGAGAUUCUUGUUGAGACUCAGGCACAGAGUUGACAGGGUAGGAAUUGAGGUUCCUAAGAUUGAAGUGAGAUUUGAGAAUUUAUCAAUUGAGGGAGAUGCAUAUGUUGGAAGCAGAGCACUUCCUACUAUUCUGAACUCUACCCUGAAUGCAGUAGAGGGAAUUCUGGGCACAUUUGGGCUUUCUCCAUCAAAGAAAAGGGUUAUUGAGAUACUAAAAGAUGUCAGUGGAAUAGUAAAGCCAUCAAGGAUUGCGUUGCUUCUUGGGCCUCCUGGUUCAGGGAAAACAACUCUGCUAAAAGCACUUGCAGGGAAACUUGAGGAUCAUCUAAGGGUUUCAGGGAAAGUCACCUUCUGUGGGCAUGAAUUUUCUGAAUUUAUUGCUCAAAGAACCUGCGCUUAUAUUAGUCAACAUGACCUUCACUGUGGUGAGAUGACAGUCCGUGAAACAUUGGAUUUCUCAGGACGUUGUUUGGGAGUUGGAACCAGAUAUGAGAUGCUACUAGAGUUGUCAAGAAGAGAAAAAGAAGCUGGUAUCAAACCUGAUCCUGAGAUUGAUGCAUACAUGAAGGCUACAGCUGUGGCUGGCCAGGAAACCAGUAUGAUCACUGAUUAUGUUCUGAAGCUUCUUGGAUUGGAUGUAUGUUCUGAUAUUAUGGUGGGGGAUGAGAUGAGAAGGGGGAUCUCUGGUGGACAAAAGAAGCGUGUAACCACUGGAGAAAUGUUGGUAGGACCAGCAAAAGCAUUUUUCAUGGAUGAAAUCUCAACAGGGUUAGACAGUUCUACUACUUUCCAAAUUAUCAAGUUCAUGAGACAGAUGGCUCAUAUCAUGGACGUCACUAUAGUCAUCUCUCUUUUGCAGCCUGCACCAGAGACAUAUGAUCUUUUUGAUGACAUUAUCUUACUUUCAGAGGGUCGGAUUGUCUACCAAGGUCCAAAAGAGAAUGUGCUCGAGUUUUUUGAAUACACGGGCUUCAAAUGUCCUGAAAGGAAGGGAGUUGCUGAUUUUCUGCAAGAAGUAACUUCCAGGAAGGACCAAGAACAAUAUUGGUUUAGAAAGGACCAACCUUAUAGAUAUAUCUCAGUACCUGAGUUUGCACAAGCCUUCAGUUCAUUUCACAUUGGCGAACAGCUUUCUGAAGAUCUCAGCAUCCCCUUUGAUAAGUCUAGGACUCACCCUGCUGCUUUGGUGAGAGAAAAGUAUGGUAUCUCUAAUUGGGAACUCUUCAAGGCAUGUUUUUCCAGGGAAUGGCUGUUGAUGAAGCGCAACUCUUUUGUAUACAUAUUCAAGACAACCCAGAUAACUAUUAUGGCCAUAAUUGCAUUCACACUGUUCUUGAGAACUGAGAUGAAAGCUGGCCAGAGAGAAGAUGGAGCUAAGUAUUUUGGAGCACUUUUCUAUAGUCUCAUUAAUGUCAUGUUCAACGGGUUGGCAGAGCUUUCAAUGACUAUUUUUAGGCUUCCGAUAUUCUUCAAGCAGAGAGAUUCCUUAUUUUACCCUGCAUGGGCUUUCGCCUUGCCCAUUUGUAUCCUCAGAAUCCCUCUGUCACUGCUAGAAUCUGGCAUUUGGAUCAUCCUCACAUACUAUACAAUUGGCUUUGCUCCUUCUGUUAGUAGGUUUUUCAAACAGUUCUUGGCUUUCUUUGGAAUACAUCAGAUGGGUCUCUCUCUCUUCCGUUUCAUAGCAGCCUUUGCAAGAACAGAAGUUGCUGCAAAUACAUAUGGUUUUUUGGCCCUGCUGAUGAUCUUUAUGCUUGGAGGCUUCAUUAUUUCAAAAAAUGACAUUGUAUCAUGGUUGAAGUGGGGUUAUUAUGUUUCUCCUAUGACAUAUGGACAAAAUGCCAUUGUUAUAAAUGAGUUUCUGGAUGACAGAUGGAGCACUCCGACUGGCAAUCCUAAUGCGUCCACAGUUGGACUUUCCCUUCUUGAGGAAAGAGGCCUGUUCACAACUGAAAGGUGGUUUUGGAUUUGUGUUGGAGCACUUUUUGGAUUUUCAGUUCUUUUCAACAUUCUUGUCGUUGUAGCACUGACAUUUUUGAAUGAACCAAAUAGCAAAAAGGCUGUGCUUGUGGAUGACAACUCUGAUAAUGAGAAAAAGCAAUUUGUCUCCAGUUCAGAAGGAAUUGAAAUGGCCGUGGCAAAUGCUCAAGGGCACAGCAGCUCAAAUAAUCAGUCAAGAAAAGGAAUGGUUUUGCCUUUCCAGCCUCUUUCUCUUGCUUUUAACCACGUUAAUUAUUAUGUGGAUAUGCCUGCGGAAAUGAAGACUCACGGUGUUGAAGAGAGCCGACUACAGCUACUAAGAGAUGUCAGUGGUGCUUUUAGGCCUGGUACUCUGACUGCAUUAGUGGGAGUUAGUGGUGCUGGAAAGACCACACUGAUGGAUGUGUUAGCUGGAAGGAAAACUGGUGGCUACAUUGAAGGAAGUAUAAGCAUUUCUGGUUACCCAAAGAACCAAGCGACAUUUGCACGGAUCAGCGGUUAUUGUGAGCAGAACGAUAUUCAUUCACCAUAUGUUACUGUUUAUGAAUCUCUCUUAUACUCUGCCUGGCUACGUCUUGCUGCUGAUGUGAAGAAGGAAACAAGAAAGAUGUUUGUAGAAGAAGUUAUGGAGCUGGUUGAGCUUAACCCAAUUAGGAAUGCCAUAGUAGGACUUCCAGGAGUGGAUGGCCUUUCAACUGAGCAGAGAAAGAGGCUGACUAUAGCUGUAGAGUUGGUUGCUAAUCCCUCUAUUAUCUUUAUGGAUGAGCCCACAUCAGGCCUUGAUGCUAGAGCUGCUGCUAUUGUUAUGCGUACUGUGAGGAACACAGUGGAUACAGGAAGAACUGUUGUGUGCACAAUUCACCAACCCAGUAUUGACAUCUUUGAGGCUUUUGAUGAGCUCUUGCUAAUGAAAAGAGGAGGACAAGUGAUUUAUGCCGGAGCUCUUGGCCGACACUCUCACAAGCUUGUUGAAUACUUUGAGGCAGUACCAGGUGUUCCCAAGAUCAAGGACGGUUAUAAUCCUGCUACUUGGAUGUUAGAAAUCAGCUCUAUUGCAGUAGAGUCUCAACUUGGUGUUGAUUUUGCAGACAUCUAUGCCAAUUCUGAUCUCUACCAGAGAAAUCAAGAGCUCAUCAAGGAACUGAGCACUCCACCACCAGGCUCCAAGGAUCUUUACUUCCCUACUAAGUACUCCCAAAACUUUGUAACUCAGUGCAAAGCUUGUUUCUGGAAACAAUACUGGUCAUAUUGGAGGAACACACAAUUCAACACUAUCCGGUUCAUAAUGACGAUAAUCAUUGGUAUUUUGUUUGGUGCUGUAUUCUGGAGCAAAGGAGACCAAUUUCAAAAGCAACAGGACCUGAUGAAUCUUCUGGGAGCUACAUAUGCCGCUCUUUUGUUCCUUGGAGCUAUCAAUGCUCUUGCUGUGACAUCUGUUGUGGCAAUAGAGAGAACAGUCUUCUACCGUGAAAGAGCAGCCGGAAUGUAUUCAGAGUUGCCUUAUGCAUUUGCUCAGGUGGCUAUAGAGACAAUUUAUGUUGCAAUCCAAACCAUCUUCUAUGCUGUUAUUAUUUACUCAAUGAUGGGGUUUGAUUGGAAGGCAGACAAGUUCCUGUACUUUUCUUACUUCAUUUUCAUGUGUUUCAUCUACUAUUCACUGUACGGAAUGAUGGCUGUCGCCCUGACUCCUGGCCAGCAAAUUGCUGCAAUUGUUAUGUCUUUCUUCCUGAACUUGUGGAACUUGUUCUCUGGUUUCUUCCUUCCCAGGCCGCUAAUCCCUGUGUGGUGGAGGUGGUACUAUUGGGCUUCUCCAGUUGCUUGGACUAUUUAUGGUGUUUUCGCAUCUCAAAUUGCUAAUGAAAAGACUUUACUAGAAAUUCCUGAAUCAAAACCAGUGGCUGUGAAUGUAUACCUUAAGGAGGUCUUUGGUUAUGAUCAUGACUUUCUUAUUCCUGUUGUUCUUGCCCAUGUUGGAUGGGUCCUGCUGUUCUUUUUUGUCUUUGCCUACAGUAUCAGGUACCUCAACUUCCAAAAGAGAUGACAACAUUAAUACUGACACUUCUUUUUCUUUGUCCCAUAUCUCUUUUGGGAAUUUGGGGAUCUUUUAGGUAGAAGCUUGAUUGUAGGAUAUUACACUUGUCAGGAAAAAAAACCUGGAGCUUUGUCCUUGUACCCUCAAUUCCUUCUUUUUGUUACUACCUUCCUUAGUUCCUUGUACCCUUUGGCUCCAUUUAGCUGUCUUUUCUCUUUGCCCAAUUAUCAUUAUGUAAGAUAUAUAUUCUUUUAUAGCAAAGAAUAAAGAAGUUCUUUACUUUGCACCAA